CACGACAUGAAAUGUCAAACGGUGUUGUAUUUUUUCUAGGAGAUUUUACACAACCAGUGCCGUUAUUGUAGCGAAUUUUUCUAACAGACUUUUUCAAAAUUUUUACCGAGACGAUUUUACAUCGCUCGCGUCGUAGGUAGUUGUGUAGUUGGACCGAAACACGUUGAUUCUUUAGUUCGCGUUGCGAUCGUAAGUGAGUUGGUGUUCGACGGAGGAUGGCGAGCAACAUGGACGAGGAGCAAUCUCUUCGCGAGUGCGAAGCCUACGUACAGAACCACAACAUCCAGCAGGUCCUAAAGGAUUGCAUUGUGCAGCUGUGCGUUAGCCGGCCGUCGAAUCCGAUCACAUUCCUGCGGGAGUAUUUUCAACGUCUCGAACGGGAACAAGCACUGGACGCGAAAAACCAGGCAGCGUCGCCUGAAGACACCGAAGACUUGUCGCCGUUGCCAGCUACCACUCAGCCUGUGCGUCGACGGGGCGGCAUCUCCGCCGAACCGGUAACUGAAGAGGAUGCCACCAGUUAUGUCAAGAAGGUGGUGCCGAAAGAUUACAAGACAAUGGCGGCGCUCGCCAAAGCCAUUUCGAAGAACGUACUCUUCGCGCACUUGGACGAGAACGAACGUUCUGAUAUUUUCGACGCGAUGUUUCCUUUCAACUGCUUGCCCGGCGAGGCAAUCAUCCAGCAGGGUGACGAGGGUGAUAAUUUCUACGUGAUAGAUCAAGGCGAAGUCGAGGUAUACGUUAAUAACGAGUUGGUGACAACAAUUGGUGAGGGCGGCAGCUUCGGUGAGCUGGCAUUGAUUUACGGCACACCGCGUGCGGCUACCGUGCGAGCAAAGACGGACGUUAAGCUGUGGGGCAUCGAUAGGGAUUCCUAUCGGCGGAUAUUGAUGGGUUCGACUAUUCGGAAACGAAAGAUGUACGAGGAAUUCUUAUCGCGUGUCUCGAUCCUCGAGAAUCUUGAUAAGUGGGAGCGCUUGACAGUCGCUGACGCGCUUGAGCCGGUUGGCUUUGAGGACAAGGAGACGAUUGUACGACAGGGCGAAGCUGGUGACGACUUUUACAUUAUCGUCGAGGGCACUGCGCUGGUCAUGCAGAACAGGGCAGAGGGCGAAGAUCCCACUGAAGUUGGCAGAUUGGGCCCGAGUGAUUACUUUGGUGAGAUUGCGUUACUGCUGGACAGGCCACGCGCUGCCACUGUUGUCGCCACAGGGCCGCUGAAAUGUGUGAAGUUGGAUCGCGCGAGGUUCGAACGUGUCCUUGGUUUGUGUGCAGAUAUUUUGAAGAGGAAUAUCACACAGUACAACAGUUUCGUCUCUCUUUCGGUUUAAUUUCACCGCUAGAGAGUGAGAACUGUUGAGAAGUAACAUCUUCAACAUUAUUACAUCAGCUGGAACCUGAAAUAACUUAUGAACUACACUAUUGUUGUGCUGAUAAGGAAAUGUACAUUUUAUACCGACUGAUUUCAGCCAAAUUCUUACGUCUUCACGCACUUAUGAGAAUACUAAAUUUUAAGGACAACAAAAGAGUAUAAAAAGGAACAUAACAUAUAAACCAAUACAUUUAAUGAAAUUAAGUUAUCUAUCAGUUCUAUCGGUUAUGAGUUGUAGGAAAUGUAAUAUUUUUGUACUUCGAUAACGUCGCGAAUCGUGGUGAUCUGACAACCCAACCAUUUGUUACUCCAGUUAAUUCUUUUCGAAGAUUGUUUUUCGCUGUUUGUCAUUGUGUACCGUCACAAAAAAUAUUUUUUAAUGUUACUACGACUGUAAGUCAAACUUAACACGCAGAAAACUUUGUUUCAAACUUAUAGGUAGUACAUUACGUAGGCGUUAUUGACGAAUGUGCGGGCGAAUAUUUUUUAGCGAAUCGAAGAGCGUGCAAAGUUUGGGACAAAGACAACUGAAGUUUUCAUUGGAUUUAUGUAACGACGAAAGGAUUCAAUGCUGAAUUGCACAAGUGUGCAAUCUACUAUUUGUGUAUUUAAAAACAUAUUGAAAUUGAGAUGUAUUUAAAACGUUUUGUUUAAUUAUAUUAUACAUAAUUGUAAUUAUUGAAUUUAUUGUUAUUUCGUGUACAUAUUUAGUCAAUUACAGAGGGGACUUUAGUCCUGUAAUACA